CAGUUUCGUUUCUUUACUCGGGCUUUGAGACUUCAGUUUUGGGUCUAAUUUUGACUUUCAUUUCCAUUUUUCUGAAACUGGCGUGUUUCACUGGAUAUUAUACAUUACUUUAGAUUUACUCACUACUACUGCAAGGGUUGGUGUAAAUAUCUGUUCAUCAUGGAAAAGGGUUCAUUGAAGUUUGCAGAAAACGAGAUACCAACCCCUAGCUUCAGUUUUGGACUAGUUUCAACAAGUAAGAAGGACAACAAGGUGACCAGAGGAGAUAUAGACACUUUCAAAGCUAUACAGCUACUCGACACUCCAUGGAGAUCAGUGAACUGGACCUCAGAAUCCAGGGAGGAACUGAUGGAGAAAGUUGAGUCAUACAAACCGGCCUUCAGUGCGGUUUCUGAGGCCAGAGUCCUGCUUCUGGGUCCUGUUGGUGCCGGAAAAUCCAGUUUCAUUAGCUCUGUGCAGUCAGUUUUUUCUGGACGUGUCCUUAACCGGGCCAUGGUGGGCUCAUCUGCUUCUGCAAGCUUCACAAAAAGGCUCCAGUCAUUCCCCAUCAGACGGAGUGGAGAGAUAUCAGGCUCUGGUUCCACUUCUCUGGUCCUGUGUGAUAUUAUGGGGCUUGGAGAUGGAGACUGGACAGGAUUGAGCCUGUAUGAUGCACUGUGUGUGAUUAAAGGACAUGUGAAUGACGGACAUCAGUUCAGUACAGAAAAUCCGGUCAGAUAUGAUUCCACAAAGAAACUGACCCUCAAAGACAAGAUUCACUGCGUGGUAUUUGUGGUGGAUGCGUCAAAAAUCAACACCUACACCAAAGGACUCAGCACCACAUUCCAUCAGCUCAGAGAAAAGAUCAGCAGCCUGGGUGUGCACCAGGUGGCACUGCUGACUCACGUGGAUGAAGUGUGCACAGUCACAUCUCAAGACACCAGCCAGGUGUACAGAAGCCGCCAAGUUCAGCAGCUGAUAGUGAAGGCUGGAGCACUUCUCGGAAUGGCCACGUCCUACAUCUUACCUGUGAGAAACUACUCCUCCCAACUGGAGCUCAAUGACAACAUGGAUAUCUUAUUGCUCAAUGCUGUUGACCACAUCCUUCAAUACACUGAUCUGUACUUCCAGGAAAAUGCUAUGGACUGUAAAGCUUCCAGCUAGAAAUGCAACAAUACACUGCACAUUUCUUAUUGUCAGUUAUCUGGGUUUUAAUUUUUAGAUAAAGUAGAUAAUGCUAUCUUGUUAACUAAUAGCUAAUGUUAAGGUUUGAGGCUGUUCUGCACAUUAAUUAAUUGUGUGUAUUUCAGUGUAUUUCAGGUGGGAAUGAGAGUGUAAGUGUGUGUUACAAUAUUAGAUGUGCCAACUAAGAUGUAGUCCUGCCUCAUAUCCAGUGUAUAAACAGACAGAUAAAGAAACAAACAAUUGAAA